AGUCUGGAGUCGGACCAGAGCUUCUCACUCCGUCGGAGAGUCAGACCUCAUCCAGAGCGCGCGACCAUGAGCGAAGAAGCAGCCGCCGCGGAGUCGCCUGCAGCGGCGGAGGCGGCCAAGCGCGAGGCGUCCGGCGCCGGCGACGCUCUCGCCCGGGCGCGGUGGAGCAACAAGCGCGAGCAGCUCCUCUCCAUGAGCGCGCUCAUCAUCGGGCUCGGCAACAUCUGGCGCUUCCCUUAUCUCUGCUACAGGAAUGGCGGAGCCACCUUCCUGGUCCCCUACUUCCUGCUCCUGCUGUUCCUGGGCCUCCCCCUCUUCUUCCUGGAGACAGCGUUGGGCCAGUUCACCAGUCAGGGAGCUGUCACGGCCUGGAGGAGGAUCUGCCCCAUGUUGGAGGGUGUGGGCGUGGCCUCGCUGGUGGUUCUGAUCUACCUCAACAUCUACUACAUCGUGGUCAUGGCCUGGACCAUCUUCUACUUUGUCCAUUCCUUCAAAGACCCCCUGCCCUGGUCCACGUGUGACAACAGUUGGAACUCAGAGUUGUGUCAAGCCCACCAGAGUGUCUAUGCAAACCCUCACCUGUAUCAGCCCAACGCCAGCUGGUCCUUCCUCAACAACAUCAGCUUGGAGGAGUACUUCAUCAACAGCACUGAGUAUGGCUUCGAACAGUACAGGAUCACCUCGGAGGACGAGUUCUGGACGAACCGUGUGUUGAGGGUCCGCGACAGCAUGGCGAUCGGGGCGCCCCACUGGGACCUGGCGCUGUGUCUCCUGCUCGCCUGGAUCAUCUGCUACUUCUGCAUCUUCAAGGGAAUCAGGUUAUCCGGAAAAGUGGUGUACGUCACCGCCACGCUGCCGUACCUGCUGAUGUUCAUCCUCUUCGUCCGCGGGGUGACACUGCCCGGAGCGGGAACGGGCCUUCGCUACUUCCUGGUCCCCAGCUUCAGUAAGCUGGCAGAUUUGGACGUCUGGCAGGAGGCGGCUUCACAGGUCAUCUUCUCCCACGCUGUGGGCCACGGCGUCCUGACCUCCAUGAGCAGCUACAACACGUACAACAACAACUGCUACAGGGACAGUCUGCUGCUGUGCGGCCUCAACGCUGCCACCGGGGUCUUCGGUGGGCUGGUGGUGUUCUCCGUCCUGGGCUUCCUGGCUCAGGACAUGGCGGUGUCGAUGGAAACGGUGGCCUCUAGUGGUCCCGGUCUGGUCUUCAUGGCCUACCCCAGGGCUCUGUCGCUGCUGCCGGCCCCUCGUUUUUGGACCGUCUUGUUCUUCAUCAUGAUCUUCCUCCUGGGCAUCGACUCCCAGUUUCUCUGCGUGGAGAGCAUGGUCACCACCAUCAGCGACCUGUUCCCGGCUCGGCUGAGGAGGCCCGGGGCCAGAGAGAUCCUGGUGCUGCUCAUGGCUGGGAUGUGCUUCCUGAUCGGGCUGCUCUUCGUCACCAAGGGAGGGAUCAUACUGUUCCACGUCAUCGACGAGUACGGGCCGAGCGGAACCAGCCUCCUGCUCAUCGCGGGCGUCCAGUCCGUGGCUGUGGCCUGGAUUUACGGAGCGGACCGUUUCCUGGACAACAUCAAGGACAUGACGGGCGUGGUUCCCCUGCCGCUCAUCAAGUACUGCUGGCUGUUCAUCACGCCGCUGCUGUGUGGGCUGCUGCUCCUGGUGGAGCACAUCAACAUGCAGCCCCUCUUGGAGUACCAGUACGUGCCCGGCAGCGUGGUGCGAGGCCUGGCGGCGCUGGUCCUGGUGACGCCGCUGCUCAUGAUCCCCAUCUUCGUCCUGGUCCGCCUGUGCAGGAGCCCUGACAGCAUGACCGCUCCGGACCGCAGCCUGCGGCAGGCCUGGCCCCACAGGCCGCUGCUGACCCUGUGCAAGAGGGUGGUCCUGGGGCCCCCGGCGCCGCCCACCCAGGUGCAGCUGAGCGAGAAGGAGGCGAUGGAGCAGCCGGUGUGAGCGGGUCCCAGCCUCAGCCGGGUGUGACGGGUGCGGGGCUUCCCUCUGUGCUCCACAGCGCCGGACAGCUGGCUCCACCAGUUCCUCAGCCAGCAGCAGCAGCAGGAGCUCCACCUCAUAUAUCCUCAUUAGCCUCCUGCAUAUUACCCUGACCUCUCUUUUGUACUCAAUAUCAACACUUACGCAGCUACCUGUCCAGCAUGUUGCGCAGGAAACUAAAGUAUUUCCUCAGAACUGUCGUCUAUCAAUUACUAAUAAA